GUAAGAAAUAUUACAACUGCAUUCAUGGACCCGUCGAUAACUACAAUAUCUAGGUAAGAGUAACACAUUUUCCGUUUCCCGCCAAACUCUCAAUCAAUGCGGUAUGGCCAUCUGCUGCAGUCAGUGGGAUGAGAUCGCAUACGGCUUCCAGAACGCGGAGAAAUUGGAUGUGUCCCUACACAACUGUUGCAUAGAAAUAUCCAGUGGUGGCGAUCCCAGAUCCAUGGGUGCCUGAGGUGUUCGAAUCAGGAAGUGUCAUAGGAACGAGCAGACGACAAUGUUUUCCGGUUGGAAGUGAAGCUUGAAGUUGUUUUUGUGAGGGUUAUUGAAAGCACGUGCUGGGUUUCAGACCACACGACAUCCGUAGACGUUGUCAGAGACUACCACACAACAGCUACCGGGACGGUGGAUGCAGGACCGUGUUCAGCACUGCAUGCUUGGAAUGGUGUAAAGAUAACAGGAAAAUACCGUGGAUCCCGAAAUAAUGGAACAGGAGUUACCUCCCCCUGGACAUCAUGCUAAAUACAUGCAUACCCAAGUUACGGAGAAAACUUAAAGGCUUUGCGCAACUGGCAAGACGCAUGAGCUUUGGGAGUGACGUGCGCGCGCAAGGCCUAAGAUGACGGUAUAUUUGCCGGGAACAGUGUUUGCAGGAAUCCUUGGAGGCUUGUUCUUCAUAUCGUGCGUUCUGUCAGCCGUCAAGGCAUGCAGAGAUCGGAAGAAGAUUAAGGAGCGGAUAGCAGCCCACCGCGCAGCCGCAGUGGCUUGCUCCUUGACCACAUCAACAUCAGCCGCGUCGUUGAGUCGACCUCGUAGUGCCUCGCAGUACGGUGACCUGGCAGCGCCGGAGAUCUUCAACUACAGACGCAGUUCAUUCGGCUCCAACGUCAUCGUGAGAACAUUAGGCGACGAUGCGUACGACUUUUAUGCAGCCGCAAGCACUCAUCCCUCGGUAGUCAGCAACGAUUACAUGGUCCAUCCCCCUGACUACGCGAGGGUACAUGGCCGACGUCACCAUGACAACCCAAUGCCUGAUGCCAGAUACUACCAGAGAAGGCGGUCGUAUGAAAACGCAAUGGACAACCCGGCAGUGUUUUACUUUCCCCCUCAGUCCCAGAGGCGUUUGACGGAACCCAACGCUAAUUAUUUUAAGGGUGGGGUUCCUGGACUUUAUGAGGUCCCGAGAGGGGGUCGGGAAGGUAGGCAGAUCUAUUUUCAUGAAAUGAAUGGAUCGAGAGGUACAGAAAAUAGGGCAUUUGACAACGUCGAGGAAUCGCAUCAGUUGUGAAGAAAUCUUGGUGCUUAUGCAAAUGACACCAUUACACAUAAACACACCUGCAUCGCCAUUAGACAAACACAAAUGGACUCAGCUGUCAGUUUAAGGAGUCUAACUCGUAAUGUCCAACCCUUUUGCAGCGUGAUUAAUAAACAGAGGCUAAUCUAGCGCUCAUGAGAUUAAUGACUAGAAUCUGAAAUCUAUGUCAUGAGUUCACGGCGUAUUGUCUGAUCUGUGCGUGGUUCAUCAAAGCGAAGGUUGCAAGUCCGUGUUAAGGACAGGUCGCUUCGUGAUGUUCUGGAAGUCGUGCGAUUAAUGCAUAUUCUCUGGCGUCGUGAGGCUGAACAUGUCAUCUGACAUGUAGGUGUUUGCAUGACAAUAAUCUGUACAUACUAUGUCAUGUGUGAAGUCACCUCGUACAUGUGAAUACCUUGACUUCAAAGCAUGCAUGUAGAAACAUUCAGCUGUUGUGCCUUCUUAAGCGUCUUCGCGAACCUGGUGAGUUAGUGGAAGUUUUCAGGAAGAGUGGAACCGUCAACCAAAGAGUAAUGCCAAAAUACAAUAUGUGGCAAAUAACAGCAAGAUAUAGUGUGGUGAAUGUCACGAAUAGGCUGGCUUCAGAAUGUUUCCAAGGCUGGGCAAUUACCAGCUGUUAUAGAGAACCACAUAUAACAGUAGUGUGCAAUACUGAAUCCUAUACCUCAUUAUAUCCUUCACUAGCCCAACAGCCUAAUGAAUGUCUUCAUUGCGACACCUUAUCAGAAAUGUCACACUGAAGGUGGUGUCGAGACACAAAAUUCUUUGUACUAGUAAUCAUUACGGUAUGGGAAAUCUCUACAUUGCAUGAACGUGAUUUGAAAAGUUGCUUGCGCUAAAAAAUGGUUUCGUGCAUGGAAAUCUAAGUACUUGGUUUGAUACGUUGGAUACGUCAAAUGCUGGAACGCGGAAUCUAGAAACAGCAUAUCUAGAAACGAGCAUGAACAUACUGACACGUUGAUAUUAGCGGAUAUUCACAAGGGAUCAAGAUACGUUCGUCACUGCCAUGAAGUACGUUCAGAUGGACAUCGAUGGAACCGUAUUGGCUUACAGCCGGAAAGCAUCUUUAUCAGGGUGGUGAAUCAGCAGAGAUACAUGUACUGGCUGGUCUUGGAAGCUGGGUUCGGAUACAAAUACAAGUCCAAGCGUGGAAACAAGGCAGAUUAAGUAUGUAAAACUAUAGUCUAACAGUGAUCUCUGUUGUUGAUGAAACCUAACCUCCGUGUGUCGGACACUACCAUAAACCUCAAGAUAUUGACCUUCUGUUCUCGCGGUCUGGCCAGUGUUCGUGGACACGAUGUAGCUAGGUCUGAAUUAACGGGUAUGAGCUUAAUACUGGAAGUACUUGUGGAUUGCGUGUGGUUGGAGCAUCAGUACUCCCCACACGCCAUUGUGGCUGAGACAAGGAUUGGGUGUGCAGCCAUAAGCUUAUCCCGACCACUGUGGCUGACACACGGCCUACACCGUCGAUGAAGUUUAAUCAGUGGAGAUGGACGGUGGUGUUGUAGUGUGUUGUGAUGGACGGUGGUGUUGUAGUGUGUUGUGACAAGAUAUAGGCCAACGGGAGCUUUAUGAUGGCUCGUUAGCGGGAUCCGGUUCUGGUUUCUGUGUGUGAUUAACAAUAUGGUCUGUGUUUAUUAACAGUGACGGGAGUCUUUCCCUCUGAUGUGGCGUCGAAUGACAACGUCUACAUAAAUAGGGCUGCGUUGGUGAAAUCACUGUGUGGUCCGCCAUGAUGGGUGACUACAGAAAGUGUUCUCUAUACAACUGAAACAAGACAACCUGUUCAAUUCGGAAGAACAUGUUUUUUGAUUUGUUGGUCUUCUUCUGAAGAACUCCCAACCCUUCCAUCUUUCAGACUGCAUACAGGCGUUAUUCGUAUGUCACGUGUCACGUCGUCACAGUGAUAUAUCAUCCCGCAAGGUUUAGCCACGAGAUUAUGUUUCACAAUAAUGCACAUAUUUAAAUAUGAGCACAUGCAUGUUCCCCUAACAAAUGGCCUUACACCUCACUGUAGUGCAAUAACCUUCCAUACCGUCACAUUGUCAGAGGAUUUUGUCAUACACGUGUUACAGUUGUCAGAGUAUAACAUGUCAUAUGUCAUACUACUUCCGGGUUAGAAUUGAUCUUCAGUAACCCAUGCUUGUCGUAAGAGGCAACUAACGUGAUCGGAUGGUCAG